GAGCGCACUGGCUCCCCUCUCUCCAACUACAUCCCUUUUCCAAGAAAUCUCCUCCAGGUUUCAGGAAGCCAAUUAGGAUUGCUAUGUUUGGAUGUACCGACAAAUAUUACUAACCAUUCAAAAGAAGGAUCGAGGGAGUUUAGGUCGUUUUAUCAGCGCGAGAGGAGGCAAAGCGCAUUUACACGUCGAUUUGAGAGAUUUAUCCAACAGUUCUGGAAGCGGCGUUCGAGGCGCGUGUUAUGGAUCGAUAAUACGAGCUUCUGGGAGUGUAAAGCAGCUCCUGUAACUACUGUGAAACCAAUAUCUUAGUGGAAUAAAGGCUCAAUAGAGUUAACUAAUCAGUUCUAAAGUGUUAUACAUUGUUUGAGAUCGAUGCGCGCUGUGAUGGAUGGAGCAGCUCCCUUGAUGUUGAUGCUGCUUUCGCUUUUCUCAGGAGAUGUUUGUAGCGCCUCGUAUCCUCAGCGGUAUAACCUGUACGCUGGGACUCAGACUCAGACGCAGCCUUUAAACGGGGCUCGGGCAGCGAGCAGACACAGAAACUGGUGUGCAUAUGUGGUGUCGAAGGCGGUGAGCUGCGUGGUGGAGGAUGGGGUAGAGACCUACGUGAAGCCUGAUUAUCAGCCAUGUUCCUGGGGCAUUCAGUGCCCCCGUGUUGUAGUGUAUAGGACCUACAUGAGGCCCAGAUACAAGGUGGCUUACAAAAUGGUAACAGAAAUGGAGUGGAAGUGUUGUAAUGGAUACAGUGGAGAAGACUGCAGUGAUGGACCAAACGGGGGAUCUGAUACACAACUCUCAACAGUCAGACCUUGGCCUAGGCCCUCACAACCAGGACAAACUGGAACUGGUACUGGCCAUGGACAGAGCGGAGGGAAAGGGAGAGGUGACAAUCACAAGAUGAAACAAUUGGAGGACAAAAUCCAGAGGCUGACCAAAGACCUAAAUGACCUGCAGUCAACGCUGCGUGGCAUGAAUGAGAGAUUCCAGGAGGAAAUGCGCAAACCUGGUUUUAAUAGUGGCAAAACGCCAGCAGAUGCAGCCCAGCCAGAAAUGAAAGAGACCAUCCAUAACAUACAGACCAAGCUUGAUCAGUUGGACAACCGGACUCAAGCCCAUGAUGAGACUCUUGUCAGCAUUAAUAACCACCUAGUGAAUGGGAAGGGUGGAAGCAAUGAUCUAGAUGAUGGAGGAAUUGAAGGAAACAGGUUCACCACCUUGAAAGAGGAAAUCCUCCGAGAGCUUGAACGUCGAGUGACGCUGUCCUGUUCCACCUGUCAAAGUGGGGUGGAGGAACUGAGACGCCAACAGCAACAGGAUCAGGAAAGGAUUUUGGCUUUGGAGAAGCAGAUCAAUGCCAUGGACCAGCGUCACCGCCAGACUCUUGACGGUUUACACCGAGAACUUAGCCGCUCUCAAGGCUGCUGUGACACGGUGACAGACCUCAGAGGAAGACUCAAUGAUAUGGACAGGAAGAUAAGCUCCACAUCAGAGGCCUAUGACAAACUGCAAGAUCGUUUGAACAGAGAACUGGGAGGAACUGGAGGUGGUGGAAACUAUGGUGGAGGAAAAGGUGGACAAGGAAAUGUCCCUAGAGUGACGGAAGACUUCAUCAAUGAUCAUCUACAAGACCUGGAAAGGCGGCUCAAUAACACUGCCCAAAGGACAGAGGAAAAUUGGGCUUAUAUGGAGACCAACAUAAGAGACUCGUUUCAGCAGGAACUCCGAAAUCUUCGAAACGAAUUCAAUAAUCGUAUUCUUGAGCAGGAAUAUAGGAUCAAUGACAUGGACCUCGAUAUAGGACUCGUAAAGGAAACCGCAUUCGAUCUUGAUAAGCGUUUAUCUCGGCUAGAGAACAUGACAUCCUAUAUAGACAGAAGGUUAAGCGAAUGCUCUGGUUGCUCGGGACCAAGUUCUGGAUCAAGUCCAGGGGGUGCUAGUCCAAGUCCUGGUGACACAGUAAAGUCUUUGGAGUGGAGAGUCAUUGCAAAUGAAGAUGAGAUCAAGAUGUUUGAUACAAGACUCAAGGAUCUCUCAGUGUCCGGUGACUCUCUUGAGAAUAGGGUGAUCAACCUUAGCCAUGACAUUCGCAAGAUCAAAGCUCUUACUGGAGACAAUGGGGAGCAUUUCAACAGGAUUGUGACCGAAAUUGAGAACUGUGAUGUUUGCAGCACAGUGGAAGAUGACCUGAAGAAACUCAAGAACAUCACAAACCAUGCCAUGGAUAGAUGGCAAAAGGAAAUUAAUUACAUUAAAGGUAAACUUGACACCAGUCAGACAGGUUGUGUGGACAUGUGCUCCAGUUUUCAAGACGAGAUGGAUCAGCUAAGAGAGGAGGUACAGAAAUGCAGUGGUCAAUGCAAGAUCAUGUUGAAUCCUCCUACAGGAACUGAUUCAGGAACGGGUCACCUGGAUGACCCCUCAAAACCGCUUGAUGGUCACAUUGUCAUUAGCAGUAAUAGCGGGAACCUCAGGUCAAUCCAAGGAGAAUUGUCAGAGGUAAUCUUAACCUUCAGCUCCAUAAAUGACACACUAAAAGGUCUGGAACAUGUAGUCCAGAAACACAACAGCGUGAUUACUGACCUAGGGAACACCAAAGACAAAAUCAUUACUGAAAUUGACAAGAUCCAGCAGGAAAUGACAGAGCACAUAGAGGACAGCAGGAUACGUUUUGACAAUGUGGAUCGGGAUGUACGCCGCUUUGGAAACAACUUUGUGGUGGAGAUGGGUGAUUGCAAGAGGACUGGGCAUGGUCUGGAAAAGAGGCUCUCUAAACUUGAAGUAGUUUGUGGCCGGCUUGAUUCUGUCUCGGACAGUCUGCAGAAGAUCAAAGAAGGUUUAAACAAACACGUAUCUGGCCUAUGGAACUGUUUCAAUGGGCUAAACAACACAGUGACCUCACACAGUGGGUUCAUUGAAAUUCUCCAGAACACACAUCUGGAUGAUAUCCACGACAAGAUCAAGAGACUGAAUUCCUCAAUGUUCCAUAUCCUCAAGGAGUUCCACAAUGCAACUGAGCAACAUGUGACAGGUUUACCUGGAUCACCAGGUCCUCAAGGACUCCCUGGUCCACAGGGGCCUCCAGGUAGGGAUGGACCAACAGGUAGGGAUGGACCACCAGGCUUUCCAGGCUUACUGGGGCCAAGAGGACCUCCUGGUCUUAGAGGAGAGCAAGGUCUGGCUGGUGCAGAUGCAAACAUACCUCGUGUGUCCUUCUCAGCCGCUCUCACGAAUUUAAUGGUUACACCUGGAACAAUAAUUUUCGAUAAGAUUUUUGUAAAUGAAGGAGAAUAUUAUAAUCCACGAACAGGUAUCUUUACUGCUCCACUUGAUGGCCGUUAUUUCUUUAGUGCCAUCCUGACAGGCCACAAAAAUGAGAAGAUUGAAGCUGUGUUGUCCAAGUCUAACUAUGGCAUGGCUCGAGUAGACUCAGCUGGUUACCAGCCUGAAGGACUGGAGAACAAACCCAUGGCAGAGGCCAAACCAAUACCAGGUUCUCUGGCUGUUUUCAACAUCAUCCUACCCCUUCAAGUGAGAGAUACAGUCUGCAUAGAUCUGGUCAUGGGCAAACUGGCCCAUUCAGUGGAGCCUUUAACUAUCUUCAGUGGUAUGCUUCUAUAUGAAGAUGUUUAGGAGCCUUUGAUGGGCCAAUACCAAAAGAGAACUGACGCUUAUCAGACUCAGAGGAUCAGCAAAACGACGGGGCUAGAAAGUGACAAUCUUAAAUGAUGUUUUCCGCCUGGGAUAGCGAUGCAGACGUGAGCAUUGCUUUUCCUUCUAUACAGUUUUUAAACUUACAGAUGUUGUUUAACCUCCUGUGAAAUCAUCGAGCAGAGAAUAUAAUUUCAAAUGGAGGAACUGUUGCCCUUGAUAUGUAAUCCUAACCCAAUGCUUUGGAGAAGUGUUGUAACAAAUACUACUGUGAGUUUGUGCGACUAUUGUUGAUGAUUUUAGUGUUGAGAUAUCACCAUGUUAUAUGCAUUACAGACAUGAGUUAUGAAUAAUCUCUCAUGCACCAAAGAUGACCAUGAGGUCUGUUUGACUUCCCAUGUAUGCCACUGCACGUUAAAGUAUCUCCUGCCAAAGAGCUUGACUCACAGUCAGGGUUAUAGUUUAGGCUGAUGUGUGUAGAAUUUUGGAUGCACAGGAAUGCAAGUAUGAUGGAAGUAAUCAAUAUUUUUGCUGUGAAUUGUUGGUUUCUGUGCACCUUUCUCGUUUUACAGUUUAAGUUAUGUACCAAGGUUACUUUAGUUACCUUAAGAGUUAAGAGGGUGAUCUUUAAAUGUACAGUAUGUACCUUAAUGCCAAUUAUUUCAUUUUUUUUACAAGUGCCAAGUUUUCCAGGAAUAACAUCCUGCUGUACCAUGAUGCCUGCCAAAGAUGCUCUUACUUAACUAAAUGUGUGGUUGGAAGUUUUGCACAACACACCAAUGCCUCUAAUGUAACUUUUAUGCUUUAGGUUCUGCAAUGAUUUCAGGAAGCUUUUAGUAUAUUAUUCAACAUGACAAUUAUUAUGUUUUUCAUCACGUUUCAUGCAAACUCCCCAAGUGACCCCAAAAGCUAUGGAGAUUACCAUGCCAAAAUGAAAUCUUCAGAAACCCAAGUUUCUUGGGUGCACGGUUUCAUACCAAGCUACCAAACCAACAAGAAUUGGGGCUAUUGGAGACUUGUUAAAGUGUUUACAAAAACAUCAGCUCUAUCAGGGUGGAGGAUAGCUGCAAUUUUCUGUAUGUUUUACAUUCAUAAUCCCAGCUCAGUGGAGAUUUUUUAUCAAACAGAGUCUGUCCUUAAUGUGGUUCAACAAAGUACCUUUGAAAAAUAACAACACUGAGGACUCUGAGGGUGUCCUUCAUCAAUGUAUUCUGUCUGUGUGGUCUCGCUUGAACGUUUACUCUACGACAGCCCAAAGAAUUGUAAACUAUACAGAUUUGCUAGAAAACAAAAAUGUCUUUUUUUUUGUCCGAAACAGUGUAAUUUUACACCACUUGUUUAAAGGAAAGAUUUCUGUCUACCGCUACAAAACUUUUUAUCCUUUAUAUGGUGAAGAAUGUUGAAAAUUAAGGCUGCUAUCUUAUGUUUGCUGUUUCAUUUACUAUUUUUAGUUAUAAUGAGAUUCCCCAGAUCAUAUUAUGAAAGCUGCACCAGCAACAAUAAUUAAAGGAUAAUAUUUAAUUUCAUGUUAAAGAGACUUUGAAACCAGCUCUAAAACCCUGUCUACACCGGACGCGUCUAAAGCAAAUUACUCCAAUUAUAAUCAGUGAUACUGUUUACACUGAAAGUGUCUGUUGCACCACGCCAACAAUGGACAGAUACCCCAUUCAAACUGAUCUCUCAGUGAUAUCGGAAACAGUAGGUUGACUUUUUCUGUAACUGAAAUCAGUCUGUGCAUACCAAAAUUCAAAACACUGCUCCCAGUGGCCAAAGCAAAAAUUGUUGUUAGGAGUAUGGGCACUGGUGAGCUCCUAUUUCCGGUUGUAACGUCCAUGGAGGGGUUCCAAAGCCAGUUAUGAAGCGAAUUGUUUUCAGCUGUACAGGUGUAUUACAGUGAAGAGAAAUGCAUAUUUUAUUAAUUGUACCCCUCAACCCAAAUCCCAAACUUAAACCUAACAUUCAGUGGAGUAAACAUUUAAUGUUAGAGGGUUAAAUGCAACCUCUGAAUCGCGCUAGUCCCUGAUUACCGAAGCAAACACGAUUACUUCCUGGUUUCAAUGUGGGAUCCAUACCCAGGUCUCCCAUGCUGCUGACGCAACGUGCUUCUGGUUGCACCACAAGAAGAGGUGUAAAUGCUGGAGCCAAUGCAAAAAUGUCUGAUAGGAGAUGCCGCUUGUCGAUGUGUCGACACAAUGUGGCCUAUCCUAAGGUACCGGAAAGCUUUGGGAUAAUGUUGCCACGUUCUCUUGCUGACUUGCUGCAGAGCUUCUCCAGGCACAUUAAAUGGUAAAUGGUCUGCACUUAUAUAAAGCUUUUUUAACCUUAGCGGUUUUCAACGCGCUUUACACUGUCUCAUUCACCCAUUCACACACACCAAUGAUGGCAGAGCUGCCAUGCAAGGCACUAGUCUACCAUUGGGAGCAACUUGGAGUUCAGUGUCUUGCCCAAGGACACUUUGGCAUGUGGAGUCAUGUGGGCCAGGAAUCGAGCCGCCAACCCAGCGAUUAGUGGCCGACCCGCUCAACCACCUGAGCCACAGCCACCACUUUAUUAUCCCUACAUCUUAAACAAAAUUAUUUUACUUUUCAAAUAUCAAAAUUUUCAUUACAACCUAUAUUAUCAGAAUAAUAAUUUGAUCAGAAAGUUGAAUUUUAGAACUUCUUAGUACUGCUAUGUCCCCCUUUUAAUUUAACAGCAAGCACCCGAGCUGGCAUAGACUAUACAAGUUUGUUCAACUUAUUUGAAACUGAUCCAAAGAGCAUCUUGUGUGCUUCAAAGUAAGCAAAAAUUCUGACCUUUUGUACAGAUUAACAUGGUCACAAAAUUAAUUAAAUAUGAUUAUUGAUCUAGAAAUAGUACAGAAUAUUAUGAACUUUUAACAUUUAACAAUUGUAUCAAUUACUGUAACUUUUCUUUGAAAUUUAAAAUCCUUUUUAGGUUUAAAUGAAAGAAAUAAAUCUCAAAUUUUCAAUGAGGUCUCAGACUUUUGGACGCAACUGUAUGUUUAUGUUUGUUAAAUAUUUUUUAUAUGUAUUUAAAUUUUCCCUUAGAUAACCUCAAAUGGAUAUUUUCAGUAUUAUUGUUGCAUACAGACAGACAGCGAUCAUUGCACACUAGGCGUGUUAGUAGAAUCUGUGAAGUGCUUGCCAGCUGUGUCUAAAUAAGAUUGGGUGGAAAAAUGUCACAUAUCCUGUUUGUAUUUCAUCCUUACACACUUAUACUCAGCUCUCUUCCUUCUUCCUUUCUCUACAAACAGUCUCAAAUACAUAUGCUCCCUACUGUUGUUGCAAUGCUUGCCAACUUUUCACUUAAAAUCAGGGUUAAACAUGCCUGAACUUCUCAUAACUACCAUAAUUGAUUAUGGAAGUGCUAUAAAAGUAAUGAAAUCAACUAAUCUCUGUAAAUCUGAAAAAUGUAUUGCAUACCUACUCGUUUUCCCUUGAAUACAGAUUUGUGAACAUUUGAACUGAUUUGAAAAUAACUGUAUGUUACAUUAACAAAUCACAUACUUGGCUGAAGUAUUUCAAAUUAAGUUCACCUGGUUUAAUUUGACCCCACAUAAUCAAAUUUAUCAUUGCCUUUGGUUCUAGUAUCUCAGGAAUGUAGUCCGGAGGCUAAAUUUGAACUUUAAACACACAUUAAUACUUAUACGCCAAAACUGAUUAUGUUUUUGACAGCAUUAUGGUUCCAUAUAACUUCUUUUUGCAUGAGGACAUGAAAACGUCCUCAUCAUGUCCACAUAACCACCUCGGAUGUGUAUUCAUUUUCAAUAAAUCACAGACCUGUUGUCAAUUAUUCCUUCCUUCAAUAUGUUUUUUUAUACAGAAUGCUAUGAUUUCUCUGCAUGUUUUCCUAUUGUUAAAACGUAUUUGGCUAUCUGCUAUCUCUAUUUUAAUUUAAUUUAGUCAUGCUAAUACAGAGGUACAUCAAUAGAACAAAAACAUUAUUAUUUAGAAUUAUUUUUACCAUAGUCUUUUCAAUCAGAGUUAGUUUCAGUGUAGAUCAGUGUUUGAAUUACUUUCCUAUUGCCUUGACAAUAACUAGUACCUUAAAACAGUCAGUAGAUCAUAACAGUCACCAUGUCUGUAGUACAUUUCAGAUAUGCCCCUCUCAUGAACGUGAGAAAAUAUCACGAACUGUACAACUCCGUCAUAUCCAUGGACAGAGCAUUUUUUGCCAGAAAUCUGGCAACUAAAUGUGAGCGACCUGUAGGCCGCCCCCUGCAGAGAGAGAAUAAUACAGGCUUGAACUCAUUCACAUUAAUUUAUCACUUUUUAUGGUGCAGCCAAGGUCAGAAUUUAAUCCGGACUAUGGGGAAUAAUGCCACUGUAUCUGGAUAGAACAACAAUAUAAAGGCCUCUGAAAACCAAUCACAGGAGGGCAAAAUAGAAAUGCAAUGAAAGUGAACGUUCUGCCUUACAUCUAUUUUUAUGUUUCACAGAAAAAAAUGUUUCAAGUCCUACGGGUUUGAAACAACAGAAAUAAUUAAUUUUGGCACAAACUAUUCCUUUAAUAAAAAAGUUAAUUUCUGACACAGCAUACAGCACUUCAACUCACAACUGGGCAAUAGCACAAUAAUAUAUUUAAGUGUGUUAGCAAAAUAGAAACGUUCAAAAUUUUAGACUUACUGCUACUAAAAUCAAGAAAAGAUCCUCACCGUUUGACAGUGAUUAGAUUACAGAUGCCUUAAAUAAAUCUCCUGCUCCAAGUGUAUUUACCAGCUUCUUGGGUGGGAAUGCAUCUGAAUGGAUUACAACUCCAUCAGGACCCAUUGCAUCAUCUCCCUUUUAGGUAGCCCUAGAAAUACAACCAAACUCAAAACCUAUCCAUGUCACGUGGCAUGGCUCAAAAAUGAACAUAAUCUUAAAGGAACUGUUCACCCAGUAGUGUAAAUUCUUUCACCGUUUGCUUACCCUAAUGUUGUUCCAAACCCGUAUAACUUUUGGCUUCCAUGGAACAUAAAAGGAGAUGUUAGGCGCAAUGACAACUUCAGUCACUUUUUACUUUCAUUGCAUUUUGGCAAAAACGAAUGGCGACUGAAGCUAACUUUCUGCCUAACAUCUCCUUUUGUGAUCCAUGGAAGAAAGAAAGUCGUACAGGUUUGGGACAACACGAGGGUGAGUAAGUGAUAGAAUUGUCAUUUUUGGGUGAACUAUUCCUUUAAGCAAAGAUGAUGACUGCACAUACUCAAUCAGAAGUUUUUGUUUGAAUAGGAACUUCUUAGAACUCUAGUGACAUCUGGUGGACUCUUUAAAUGGACAUUAUUUCUAGAUUAUGCAUCUGGUCCUUCUCCUUCUGAAGCCCUUCAGAGCAGCGAAGGCUGAAUCAAGCCCAAAGUGUCUUGCCACAUCCUUACUAAAAAAGACCUGAGUAAAGGCAGUCACAAAGAAGCCACAGAAAAACAGAUGGUGUAUCAUUCAAGCAUGGCACUAAACCUAUAAGACAUAGGCUAUAUAGUCGGGUUCAAAAAUCUGAGACCAGACCACUAGUGAAAAUGUUUAUAUUUUACAUUAUUUUCUAUUUUAAUUAAGAAGUUUGUUUUGUUAUCAGAAAAACAAUUUGAAUAAAAAACUGAAUUGAAAAAUGUACAUGGAUAUCUUAGUAUUUGUUAUGUCCUCCUUUUGCUUUUACAACAGUAUGUACUCAAGCUGGCAUGGACUCCACAAGUUUGUGCAAAACAUUAUGAUUCACAUUAUUCCAGUAUGAUUUUAGAUUGUUCCAAACAGCCUCUUCUGUGCUUUGAUGGAAGCAAGGAAAUCUGACCUUUUGUACAAAGGUGUUAACAUGGUCAAUGUCACACAUUUGAUUAGUGACCUUAUAUAUAUUUACGUUUAUGCAUUUGGCAGAUGCUUUUAUCCAAAGCGACUUACAGUGGCCUUAUUACAUGGACAAUCCCCCCAGAGCAACCUGGAGUUAAGUGCCUUGCUCAAGGACACAAUGGUAGUGGCUGUGGGGAUCGAACCAGCAACCUUCUGCUUACCAGUUAUGUGCUUUAGCCCACUACACCACCACCACUCCAAUAUAUAUAUAAAUAAAUAGUAUUUUAUAUCAUUAUUCUUUUUAAUAAUAAAGUAUAAUGAUAUUGAAUUAUUAUUUUAAUAUACAAAAUAUAAAUGCUUCUUCCUUUUUAUAUAUCUUUGUUUUAAAGUUUUCAAAAUCAUAAAACAUUGUCUAUUUCCAGGUUUAAAAAAAGAAAAUCCCAGAUUUCUGAUGUGGCCUCACACUUUUGAACCAUUCUGUAUUUUGUGCCUUUACAAUUUCCAAAACUAUUUUGAAAGCAUUUUAUUGUAUUCUGAUUAUUAAUUUUCCAACCCAAACCUAUUUGAGGUCAAAAGAUGUAUUUGAAUAUUCAGUAAUGCAUAUUAUGCAAAUAAGAUAAUGUGUUCAUUGAACUUGAACAGAAGAUAACAAAGAUGUAACUUGUCAAACAUGUAGUAAAUCAUCACCAAGAGGA